CUUUGUUUUGACGGCACUGCUCUAUUUACCAGUAAAAACCUAUCUAAAAACUGACAAGAUGCAGAUCAAGUUCCUGUACUUUUUCCUCGCUGUGAUGGCGAUCUUCAUCCUGGGAGCCAAGGAAGCGGAUGCCGACUGUCUUUCUGGAAGAUAUGGAGGUCCCUGUGCCGUCUGGGAUAACGAUACUUGUCGUCGUGUUUGCAAGGAGGAAGGACGAUCCAGUGGACACUGCAGUCCCAGUCUGAAGUGCUGGUGCGAAGGUUGUUAACAUCGAAUCCCGAAACUUGUAAAUUGAAUUUAAUAAAAGCAACAGUUGACAACUACUAAGACA